CGUGCAAUGCCAACAACCUCGAGAUAACAAAAAUGCUGCUAGAGAUUGAUGAAAGCCUCGUAGAGAGGGUCAAUAAAGAUGGUUUCACACCUUUGCAUUUGGCGGCCAUGCAUGAAAUGCUCAAUUCCAAUUCUCAAUGAUUUUUCGGAUAAGGCUCCAAGAUAUUUCGACAUUCUAACACUAGGAAAAGAAACCGUCUUCCAUCUAGCUGUGGAACACAAAAAUAUACCAACGUUCUAUAUCGUGGCAGAGAGUCCCGAUAGAAACAAUCUUCUCCACCAGGUAGAUAGAUAUGACAACACCGUACUACACAUUGCGGUCAUGUCCAGCUGCUAUUCCGUGAUACUCUACAUCACUAUGAUACAACAAUAGAUCUCUACGUCAAAAACACUCGAGGACUGGAAGCGGUUGAUCUUAUCAAUGUCGACCAUGAAGAUUAUGGUAAGAUAUCCGGCUGGCUUAGAUUUGAUGCAAAACAAAUGCGAAAUCCUAUUUGUCCUCAACAAGGAAACCAUAACAUUGGGAAUAUACCUGAAUAUAAAAUGCAAAUGUUUGAAACC